AAAACAGUCAGAUCUCUGAGAGCCGCCAUGAAGGAAACAUCCGUCAGGUUUCUGCUCCUUUUGACCUCAGUGCUGAGCAGAGCAAAAAUACAAGUUGCUCUGACUGUGAAUCCCAGCAGAUCCCAGUUCUUUGAAGAAGAAUCAGUGACUCUGAUCUGUGAGGAUGAAAACAGAUCAGCUGGAUGGACAGUGAGGAGAAACACCAGCAGAGGAACCAGGAAGCCAUGUGGAGAUGGAUGGGGGAAAGCUGAUGGUUCUACUUGUAACAUGACCUACCUCAUCCCAGAGGACUCUGGUCUGUACUGGUGUGAGUCUGGAUCCUCCAGCAGCAGCACCAGCAGCAGCAGCAGCAGCAGCAGCAGCUUGAUCCUGCAGAGUCCUGUCCUCCCUGUGAUGGAGGGAGAUGACGUCACUCUGAGCUGCAGAGCAAGGAAUCCAACCCACAACCUCCCAGCUGCUUUCUAUAAAGAUGGCUCCUUCAUUGGUGAUGGAUCAGCAGGCAGCAUGACCCUCCUCCAUGUUUCCAGCUCUGAUGAAGGCUCUAUAAAUGUAGCAUCAGCGGUUCUGGAGAGUCUCCAUCCAGCAGGGUCUCUGUCAAAGAUAAACCCAUCACCUCCUCUGCCUCCAGCAGUAAGUCUGUUACAGUUUUCAUCCACCUGGUCGUGUUUUGUCCGUACUUCAUCUCCACUCUGCUCCUGGUGUCUUUAUAUCGACACAAAGACAAAGCUGCAGGAAACAAUCUGCCCAACUUAGUGGUUAUGAUUUCCUCCACCCUGGAUGAAUAAAGAUUGGAUGAUCUGAAUCAUCACUGUGUUCACCAUGUAUCAGUGUGACACAUCCCUGAGGAACUCCUCGUGUUUCUGUUUGCUUGAACUGAUUAAAUAUCCACUCUGAGUCUCGCUGGAGGGAGGAACAACCAGAUCAACGAACAUCUGAGGAAACAUUUAGAAACAAUGACUGUAAUCAGUGUGUGACAUCAUAACCUUUUGUUCUUGUUUAACUGGUUUCUUC